UAAGUCGUUCGCAAAAGUGACGCAUAUUCCUGUUUUAGUUUUUGACUCAUUGUAAGAUAUGGAAACUGAAUCUAAGAAGCUUGCCAUAGAUAAUGAUCCAACAAAGGAGGACAUUUCUAAGAAAAAGAGACCUAAACAAGAAAACGAAGAACUAUCAGAAACCACUAACAAAAAAACUAAAACAAUAGAUGAAUCUUCUGAAUUAGACAAUGACUCGAUUCAAAAAGAUAAAGAAACAGUGAUCAAAUCCAAGCCUGUUAAGUCAAAAAAGAAGAAACACAAAAAGUCAAAAGUGAGAAACAAUAGUUUCGAUGAAACUGAACUUCAAGGAGAAAAAGAAAAACCAGAUGUUCAAAAAUUAUGUCUGCAGUAUCUCAAAGAAUGGAAAACAAACAAAGAGAAGUGGUCAUUCCAGAAGGUCAGACAAGUCUGGCUGUUAAAGCACAUGUAUGAUGUGGAAAAGAUACCAGAUGAAGACUUUGAAAUACUUCUAAGCUACCUUGAGGGCCUAAAGGGUAAAGCUAGGGAGGUGACCAUACAGAAUGCAGAGGAACUGCUCAAUGAUGAUGACAGUGACAGUACUGAUGAUGAUGGCGGGGGUGAGGAGGCUCAAUCAAAAACAAAACCUAAAGGUCAAAAACUCAGUGAUAAACAGUGUGACAGGAUUCGACAAGUACUACAAAUAUUGCCAUAGUGACAUGUUAAGAUUUACAAUUGUGACAAAAACAAAUUACAAUUGUGACAGAGAGAGAUUUACAAACAGCAUGUUUUGAGACACCACUGGGAGGCAACAUUUACAAUAGUGACAUAGAAACUACAACAGUGACAAUGCGCACUUUACAAUAUUGACAAAUUAGUUUUAAAAAAGUGACUCGGCAAGAUUUUAGUACGAAUAGGUUUUCAAUAUUGUUUUUCUCAUGAAUCACAGGAACGUUGGCAUGAAAGGUUCAUUGUUAAGGUUACUUGUUAAGGCGACAUCUAUAGAUGCGUAGAAAUGUGUUUCUGCAUAAUCUGAAUUACAAUUUAAAAGUGUCUCAUUGAAAGAAAUGAAGUAGAACUCCAUCCUUGAGUUAGGUUAACUUUCUUCCACUAUGUAAGAGUGCCCGUAUUUCUUCCUAUAUUACUGAUGAAAGGAUUGAUAUAUCGUAUGAAAUACGUCCGAAUUCAAAGUUAUACAGUUAUGUGUGCAGCUGUAUGUGUGACUUGUAAGCAGAAUAAUAUAAGUACGGAUUGCCCGGAUAAUUAACAUGAUUGGAAAAUAAAGGCAAAGCCAGCUAUCAAAACGCAAAAAAACAUAGUCUUUAUCCCAUCGAACGAGGUUCGGAG